CUGGCAAACGUGCUGACGACAUACACCACGUCAACUUCAACUGUUCUACAAGAAAUACCCACACACCUCUCCCUUUCUUUACACAAGCGCUGAUUCUUAAUAACUGGAAACCAUGUAAUCGUUUACAAAUAACACGGUGAGUGUGAAUACACUGCCUGCGCGUUCACGCGAGGAUUACUUGAAGUUAUAUGUUAACAGCUUCUAAAUGUCGCGCGCUAAUAGCUUGCCUACGUUAGCUUAGCAUCCUCGUUUCAACCACGAUGGAUUAAAACGUAUCCAACCAGUUACUACAACUUAUCUUAUUAUCCACAUGCCAGAGCUAGGAGAAUGUUCUUGAGUCAAAAAUGACCUCAUUGGCAUCGUCAUCUCAAUUAACGGGGUCAUGCAGGACUCUUCCAGGGGAAGGGACUCAGGUCCACCCCAGAGCGCCUCUGCUGCAGAUCCUGAAAGUAGCAGGUGCUCAGGAGGAGGUGUUUACCCUGAAGGAGGUCAUGCAUUAUCUGGGUCAGUACAUCAUGAUGAAGCAGCUGUAUGACAAACAGAGGCAGCACAUCGUCCACUGUCACGAUGACCCACUCGGAGAGCUGCUGGAAGUGGGGAGCUUUUCUGUUAAAAACCCCAGCCCUGUGUAUGAGAUGUUGAAGAGGAAUUUGGUAAUUUUAAAUAAUUCGGAUGCAGCAAAGAAUCUUUCAGUCGGCAAGGAUUCUAAUGAGUCUCCAAAUGAAGAUCCUGGUCAGGUGUCCAGUGGGUCAAUAAACUCUGCUCAGCCUCUCAUCGCUGGUAGUUCAAGCACUGGCACAACGCAGAGCUGCUCACAGCGCAGACCACGUGAUCCAGAUGAAGACUCCUCAGAUGGUUUACCCAGGUCUGCCUGCAAACGACCAAAGCUGGACGUGACUCUGGAAGAGUGGGACCUUUCAGGGUUGCCUUGGUGGUUUUUGGGUAACUUGCGAAGUAAUUACACUCGGCGGAGCAACGGUUCCACUGAUAUUCAUACCAAUCAACUCUCUCCCGGACAGGACGAGGACACGGCCAUCGUGUCUGACACCACCGAUGAUCUUUGGUUCCUGAAUGAGGCAGAGAGCGAGCAGGUGAGCGUGGAGAUGAAGGAGGCCAUGCUGGAGCAGGGCAGUGAUGGAGAGUCUCCGCAUGAAGAUGAGGACACUGGGAAAGAUAGUAAAGAUGAUGGAAAGAUGCAAGAAGAACAGGAGGAUGACUCUCAGUGUUUGAGUGAUGACACAGAUACUGAGAUCUCCACACAGGAUGCAUGGCAGUGUUCAGAGUGCCGCAAGUUUAACACCCCUCUUCAGCGGUACUGCAUGCGCUGCUGGGCUCUGCGGAAAGACUGGUACAAGGAUUGUCCUCGUCUCGUACACUCCAUCUCCGUGCCAGACAUCCCUGCCUGCAGUUCACAUCCUGAGAGGGAUGAAGAUGAGGAGGAGGAGGAGGAAGAUGAUGGAAUCGACAUGCCUGACUGCCACAGGACUGUGUCUGACCCAGUCGUCCUCCCCUCGCAUCGCGUCUCUAGAAACAUCCCCUCAUCAUCCGCUUCCUCAUCUAAAGGAAAGGGUCCUCCCCAGAUUCACUUACAAGAGACUUCAGAAGGGGACAGUCAGGACACUCUGGACAUGGAGACCGAAUAUCAACCCGAGGCCUUGCUGGAACCCUGCAAGCUGUGUCGUGUGCGGCCGCGAAAUGGGAACAUCAUCCAUGGCAGAACGGCACACCUGAUCACAUGUUUCCCCUGUGCUCGCAAGCUGCACAAAUUUCACGCUCCUUGCCCAGGCUGUGGCCAGGUUAUACAGAAGGUCAUCAAAACCUUCAUAGCAUGAGCAAAGAAAUCUUUAUUAUAAUUGCACACUCGCUUACUAUAUUGUACAUAAACAAGCAGAAAAAGCCGAUUCCUGGAGUUAAAUAAAAGUAUAGUAGAGUGUAUUUCCGACGAUUAAAGCCAAGUAUAAAUAAUGUACAGAAUGUAAUUUAAAGAAACUAGCCUGAUAUUGAUGGUUGCUUUAUUAACAUUAAGAAAACGUGAUCUCCACGGCCGCUUCUCAGGUGGAGGAGAAGGUUAGCCGCACGAUUUGCUACUGCCUGAGUGGGAAGAUAUGAAUCAUGGGUCAGAAAUAAUAAUGAACCCAGAAGAAAUGCACGGCUUUGGUAUUUGUGCCUGCAUAAACAAUUAAAAUUCCAACCUUUUGUACUUUAAACGGUUUGUUCUAGAGCAUUUAAAAAGUCACACAGUGCACUAGACUGACUUUGGUUUUACUUUAUUUUAGAAGAACAGACUAUAAUUUCCAACUCCCCCACUUUCUUGCAAAUUGCAGGCACUUACAGACUAAAGCUUUAGGAGGCAAUUCAGUGUGAUGUUUAGUAUAUCUGGUGGACUUUUUCUUUAGACAGGUGCUUUAAACCGAUUCAAUUGGAAUAUUUAUUUAUUUAUAUAGUUGAGUUUUGUAGAUGGGAUCUCAUGGGGUGACCAGUCAUUGGCAUUCCUGUGCUGUGGUGCGGAGAACCACUUGUAUUACAGGUUUUGAAGUAUUAAAACACCUAUUCACGUACAGGUGAUGCAAAAGGAAAGGAUUAUUAGGCUGAUGACUUUCUUUGGUUACUUCUGUUCUUCAACAUUGCUUUUCUAUAUAUGUUUAGCACUCUGUGUUGUUUUAUUUUUUAUUUGUAACACACAUAUGUGCCUGUUUUAUGAAGGUUAAGGAACAAACAUGAGAGCAGUUAGUGGAAGGAUUUAGUCUUGUUUUAUUUUGAGUUGCCAGGUGAGAAAAAAAAAACACUUUUUGAAAGAAACAUCUGCCACAAUUUUAAUGCAGCGCUUUUGUUUCUGUGCAGAAAGCCAUCUGUAUUGUUGGUAGUGUUAAUUGAAAUUAACAGAGCACUUCUGAUGUGUGGGAUUUUAGGUUUAUUGUGCUCUGUUUUUCUGAAUACUGCACCGAUUACUGUAGGAAGUCUCUUGUGUGUUAUUUCAGUGCAACCAGCACUGUUGUCCACAGCCACCAGAGGGCAAAAGAGCUUUUUACACACAGUAAACCCACUGGACUACCUUUUCCCAUUUCUAAUUAAUUGUGUUAUUUACUUUGAGGGUUUGGAGGCCGUUUUAUAAGCCCAUCCAAAUUUAGCUGAACUUUAUUGUGUGGUACAAGCACUGCUAUAUCACUGCCAUUUUGCCUCAUAGUAUGGAACUUAAAACGUUCAUCCUAAGCCAAUGCAAUUAUGCGAUGAAGUUCGUUUUGGUUUGUUCACUUGUUUGUUUUAUCAAGACUUAAUGUUUGCAGAGAUUUAAUCUGAGCUGAUUUUUGUUUGUUUAUAUUUUUAAAAUGUAAAAUAAAUCAAACCGAUGGUAAGA